AUCUUUGAUACGAGCACAAGAUGGCGGGUGUGUGAUGGUUGUAGUGGUACAGUCGUACUUUUUUCCCCGUCACAUCUGUCAGAGUGUGUCGUUCCGCUCCACGUGACGCCGGAGACCCGAGCGAGGUGUGAUCGGUGACGUGGUCAUAGAUCGAUCUACCACCGGACAGGAGCGUUGAGCGUGUAGCUGCUCGCACGGCACGGGUCAUCGUGAGCUGCUAGCCGGGGAGCUACACUCUCACUCUCGGUUUCACAACUCGCUUCUCAAGCCAGCGAUCCAGAGCCGAGGGGGAACAGGGAAGCACAUGGGGCAGCUCGGCCGACAUGGGGGUUAAUGAGUCGUGCAGGCGGAGACAUGAGUGUGACGUGUCUUUGUGACUUUGAAAAAAAAGUUUUGGUCUGACAUUGAAAGUCGACAAGUCACCUCCGUGCACGCGGUGUGCGGUGUGAUCGUCUGAUUGUGUUGUUUGCCGUGUGGGCUCCCGCAAGAGGGGCUUGUCCCGCAGGGGGAUGGCCCUGAACUCCUAUCUGACAGUGGGCCUCCACACUCAGGAGUUUGUUUACAGAUGGGGCAAUGGGGCAUUACAUUUUUCAAGAUUUUAUUAUUUUUCAGUUGAGUCAUUAUAUUUACAGAUGAGUUGACAUUGCUUUUGAAAUGUACAACAUUGACUUAUUUUCAUCUAUGGAUCUUAAUUUUGCACUGUUGUUGAUGAAACAGGAAAGGCUUUAGACUGCUGCUUAAUCUGAGACAAAAGCCUCACUUCCUCCUCUGGUUUAUGUUUCCUCACACACACACACACACACACACACACACACACACACACACACACACGCACACAUAACACACUUGUGUGCACACACUCUAGCUCUAUCUAGCCAAAACCUCUGUGAAAUUAUGAUAAGCCAACCAUAUGUGUUUGCAGCACUUUCAUUAAUGACUUCCAUCGCCUUUUAUCCACAGAACUAGUGCCUUGGAGGAUUGGUUGCCAUGGCAACUUCUGGCUACUCGGAGGACCUUCAGCCUCAGCAGGCCAACUCAGUAACCCUAGCAACCCCUGCUUCCACCACACCCUCGUCCACGAAGACGACACACUUCCUGUCCGAGAUCCCACCCGCCUCUGGAGCCACCGCAACCGCCAACCAAUCGACCGGCCUCUCCAAAGCCGGACAGGAUGCACUUUGUUCUCAAGCUCCGCCCCCCCAGGCCCAGAGCCAGAAGGCAGUGGUUCUGACCACUCCCACGCAGCACUAUGUGUCCCCUACCAUCCAGCACUCGACGGUCCAGAAAAGUAAUGGUCCGAGUGGUUCUCCUCAGUACAUCAUAGUCACGGUCACAGAGGGCUCUGUUCACUCCAAUGACAGUCUGUCGGACUCCAGCCCGUCUGGCCCUGGCGUUCCGACUCAGGUGGUCCAACCGGUGCAGACCACCACACAACAGAGGUCAGUGUUGCAGGCAGUGUCACAGGCAGCCAAGAGAAUUCAGACAGGCCACAUCAGCAACCUGCAGCCGGUGCUCAUUAACCAGGAGGUGGAGCAUGUGUACCCUGGCCAGGUGCAGUAUGUGGACGGAGGCGGAGAUACAACCUUCACCACAUCCAACAUUCGAUCAAGCAACUACCCUUUCUCCGACUCGCCGCUCUACUCCCAGACCCCUCCCAUCUCCUCUUCCACUUACUAUGAGGAUACGCCCGGCUCCGAGUCCGACAUCGGCGGGGCUGUGACCUCAGUUUCUGUGGCAACAGGAGGAGCCAAUAGCGGGGCAGCUGCGGGGGGAGCGGGCUACAUCGUUCAGGGAAGUUAUGUGUUAGGAGGAGGAGGGGGAGCAUCAGCAGGUGGAGGAGGAGGAGGAGGAGGAGGACAGAGUUACACUAGCCCUAACUCUCGUGCCCCACCUGCUACUGUGCAGUGGCUGUGUGAUAACUACGAGGGGGCGGAGGGGGUGAGUUUACCUCGCUGUACCCUUUACUACCACUACUUGCUGCACUGCCAGGAGCAGAAACUAGAACCUGUUAAUGCUGCAUCCUUCGGGAAACUCAUCAGGUCUGUCUUCAUGGGGCUACGUACGAGAAGAUUAGGGACUAGAGGGAAUUCUAAGUACCACUACUACGGCCUGAGGAUUAAAUCUGGUUCCCCGCUCCUAAGACUGAUGGAUGAGCAGCAGCACAUGGCGAUGAGGCAGCAGCCUUUUUCACAGAAAAACAGGAUAAAGCCAGCUCAGAAGACACAGGGGAUCACAAACGGUACAUCAGGUGGGACGGGUCAACAGCAGGCAGCGGCGCUCUGUGAUAUUUCAGCCCAGGUCCAACAGUAUCAGCAGUUUCUGGAGGCGUCAAGGCUGCUGCCAGUCUUUGUGGACGUGGAUCUGCAAGACGGCCCCCUGCCUGAUGGGAUCCUUUUAGAAAACCUCAAGGCCUUUCAGACCCUCUACAGAGAACACUGUGAGGCCGUUCUGGAUGUGAUGGUCAACCUUCAGUUCACUCUCGUGGAGACACUGUGGAAAUCCUUCUGGAGGUUCAGCCAGAGCAAUGACACAGAAUCUCUCAACCUGCACAAUGAGUCUGAGAAGCGACUGCCCAAGUCCUGCCUGGUGGUGCUGUGUAAGUUUGAGCCAGUGCUGCGCUGGACGAAGGAGUGCGACAACCUGCUGUACCAGACUCUGGUGGAGAUCCUCAUCCCGGACGUACUUAGACCAAUCCCGAGUGCCUUAACUCAGGCCAUCCGUAACUUUGCCAAGAGUCUGGAGAAUUGGUUGACCGGUGCCAUGAUGGACAUUCCAGAGGAGAUGGUUCGCAUAAAGGUGGUGUGCGUCAGCUCUUUCUCCCAAACGCUGCGACGCUACACCAGCCUGAAUCACCUGGCUCAGGCUGCCCGGGCCGUGCUCCAGAACUCAGCUCAGAUCAACCAGAUGCUCUCCGACCUCAACCGUGUGGAUUUCACCAAUGUACAGGAGCAGGCGUCCUGGGUGUGUCAGUGUGAUGACAAUGUGGUCCAGAGGCUGGAGCAGGACUUUAAAAUGACUUUGCAGCAGCAGAACUCCCUGGAGCAGUGGGCUACCUGGCUGGAUAGUGUCGUCUCCCAGAUGCUAAAGCCGUACGAGCAGAAUCCUGUCGCCCUACCGAAGGCUGCAAAGAUCUUCCUGCUCAACUGGUCCUUCUACAGUUCUAUGGUCAUCCGAGACCUGACUCUGCGCAGCGCCGCCAGUUUUGGCUCCUUUCACCUGAUCCGCUUGCUGUAUGAUGAGUACAUGUACUACCUGAUAGAGCACAGGGUGGCCCAGGCUAAAGGAGAGACACCCAUUGCUGUCAUGGGAGAAUUUGCCAGCACUGUCAAGAGAAGAACCUCUCCAGACAUGGAAAAAGAAGAAGAAGAAGAGGACGAGGAAGAGGAGAGUGAAGACGAGAGCGGCGACCUCGUGCUGCAGUCCAGCUCUCUGAGCGCGGUCGACGAGGAGUCGAUGGAACCGCCCGCCAAGCAGCCCAGGGCAUCUUUAAAUCUGCACACACCUUAGCAAGUAGUCAUCUGAAGAACUAACAGGCUCCACUUCAUGCCCAUGUUUGCUUUAAGUUAAACAUCAUAUCAUGGUCGUUCUGUCGAGAUGUUUGACGUAGAGUCUGUGGCCGUUUGGUGCGUGUGAUAAAACUGGGAGAACCCUUUGCCAAUUAUGUAUGUUCCGCUUUUUCUUUUUGCUGCCAUUCUUUUUACUCCUUCACCUGAUCAUUAACAAUCCUUCCCUGUGCCUUCCCUGUGUGUGUGUAGUGGCUCUGCGUCAGUAUCCACUCCUGGCCAGCCUCAGCUGUACAGUAUAUACAGUGUGUGCUGGCCUCCCUGCUGCCCUGCCUUAACCACUGACCUGAUUGCUGUGGAGAGAUGAGAAGACUGCAGCAGUUUCCAUUGUAAAACGUCUAAAGUCCAAACUAUCUUACAUUGCCUUUUAAAGCAAUGACUAUGCAGUUGAGCUGGACUUUAUUGAGCAGCAGUCUGAAUUAUGAUUUAUACAUUUUUUUUUGUCUCAGAGUAGCAUCUGGUAUGAUACUGCAAUUUUGUGAUUUACAGCUAUUUGUGGAUGCCAUAUUUGACUUUGUGGUUUUUGGUUCAUUUUGGCCAACUAACUGAUACCCUGUGCCUUUGCGAGAUUAAGAGCCUGGAAAAAAAAAGAAAGAAAAAAGCUUGUAUUCUAUAUAUUCUGUAUCGGUGGAUUAAUAAAUGAGGGUCCUGUGAGGUGGCUUUGGUGUUGUCAUGAGCUUUUGCUGGCUGUUUAGAAAAGAAACCGAGAUUUUCGAUGGUUGAGCUUUGUUGUGAUGAGUCCACCCAGUUUGCUUUUCAUCCAUCCUUCCAUCCCUCCAUCCCUCCAUCUAAACUCAUUAUAUAUCUUAUACACACUCAAACUCCUUCUGGACAGACAGUGCUACCCUACCAUGAACACGUUGAUAAACAGUGCAUCCUUAGUCCAAAGCUUAUCCACACUUUACUACACUGUAUCUAUGGCAACCUCUGUACCAGCUAGAUGUACCAACCACAGUUUUUGUAGUGUAAAAGUAGUUUAUUUUUUAUUUUCUGGGUUUCUAUGUUGACUAUAUUACAGAUAAUCUAUCUUAUGUACCUUUUGUGAAUGCUUUCAAAUGUGGGGACUGUUUGUAUUUUGUUGAACCAUCACUGCCUUAAGAAACAUGUCGUGCUGUGUCCACCAUCCAGAGUAUUGAGCUAUAUUUUUAUUGUGAUGAUGAUGAUGAUGAUGAUGAUGGACCAAGCAUGUGAAUAUGGUGGCUGGCUUUCUAAAAUGACCUUUUCUAAAGAGCACAUGCUCAACCAGCAGCUUCACGUGUGGGCAGGAGCAGAUAUUGAUUUUAUGAAGCGUUGGACUUGUAGAAAAGAUGAUUGUCAUUGGGAGACUGCAGGAAGACCUGAUUUUAAGAUCCCACCAAAGAGCACUGAAUAGGAAAAAAAAAAGGUAUAUUUACAUUUAUUAAUUCAGUGACAGCAGACAACUAAACCUGCCUUGAAAAUUGAAAUCAACUGCUAACUGCACUGACGCCAUCAACAAUUAUGUGACUUGGAUUCUGUCCCUUGUUUGUGCUGCAGAAUAUUUUAUAAACGAGGGCCUCUUGCUGUUUUCCUGAAGACCUUUGUACUCAAACCUGUGAUCAAUAUUGUAGCUUUAUUCUCACUGUUAACUAUAAAGAUGUGAUUGCUCUCAA